CUGGGCCGCCUCUCUCCUCCGCCGCCUCGUCCCGACUUUGUCGCUCCGCUGCCCCGCUAUAGUCCCUCCAGCCUCCCCAGCGAGCCGAAGAACAACCCGCUAGAGCUCCCAGCCAUGGAAGAGGACAACAUAAUAAUGCCUGCUUGACUCGGGGAGAGUUUUCAAGAUGCCAGGCCUUUGGUUCAGUCCUGUGUGUCUGACAGUCAUCUGCUUUCUAUCGUGGUCGCUGCCUUCCAGUUGUUCUCAGAUUUGGGCUGAUGAAGUGUCAGACGUGCAGUACAGCCGCUUGGACUCCAACGUGACGCUGAGAUGUGGGAAGUCACAGAGCGGGACACCGGUGGUAUGGCGUCUGAACCGCAGCUCAGCGUUGCCGUGGCACCGAGUGACAUCAGAUGGAAGUCUAGUCCUGCUGCAGGUCGACCAAUCAGCGCAGGGAAACUACAGCUGCUAUGACGACCGGGGGCUCCUCCUCCACUCAGUCAGACUCAGGCUGGGCCAUCCCCCCGGGCUGCUCAGCAUUUCCUGUCAAGUGCCCAAUCACACUCAUGUUCGCUGCUCCUGGGUGGAAUCUGUGAAGACCUUUCUGCCAGCCCAGUACAACGCCUCCUUCAGGGGGAACGGUCAGGAGUGGAGGCCGUGCAUCGUGGACUUCUCCCGUAAGCACUGUGACGUGGAUGACCCGUCCUUCUGGCUGCCCAUCCACACCCUGAGGGUCACAGAGACCAACGCUCUGGGCUUUGAGACCACAUAUGUUCGCUUUCAGCUCCACAAGCUCUUGAAACCAGACCCUCCAGAGUUUGUGAUGGCUGAGCAGCUUGAAGGAUAUCCAAAGAGGCUGAACGUCUCGUGGAACCUCCCCUCCUCCUGGCCGCUGCACGGAGCCUUCCCCCUCAUGUUCCAGAUCAGAUACCGGCCUCAGGGCUCCAUGUACUGGUCAGAGAUCUACACUGAGGAUAGUUCGGUGGUGAUUUUGGACGCCCUGGCCGGUCACGUCCACCAGGUCCAGGUUCGAGCCCGAGAUGAGCCGAACCCAGAGAGCCAGUGGAGCGAAUGGAGUCCUCAGCUUCUCAUCAGGCCCUGGGAAGUCUACGUCACCGCUGACCCUGUGGAUCCAUUUUCAGACGAUUAUUUCAACGUUGACACAGAUCCUGAAACCUCUACUGCAAAGUCUCACAAUCCCACGCAUGAGGAUGACGGUAAUCUGGGUUUGGUGAUCCUCCUGGUUUUGUUCUCCGUGGUCAUCCUCACCACCGUCCUUUCCCUCAUCUUUGUAGUGUGGAUGAGACAGAGGCGGCGCCAUCACGCCACCAAACAGGAGCUCACCUCCAUGGUGAAGAUGAAGUCCAUGCCCAUCUAAUGUGAGACAUGCAGCCGCUGAGUUUAUGUUCAUCUAAAGCGUCUUCAGCCUCCACCUGUACCUCAGGAACAGGCUGACCCUCCACAUCCACUACAUCACCCACAAUGCACCAGGAUCCAGGACUACAGAGAAGACAAGCAGCUAUAUGCGAGUUCUGGAGGAUUUCCCUGGACAUACUCAGUAACUGCACUACCCACAAUGCAUCGGGAGACUCCCACCUGCUCUGUAAGGGGGCGGGACCAACACACCUGUUCACUUCAGCUCCUCGACGGGCUGCAGGAGAAACACCUGGAGAUCUGAGUUCACUCACAACCAAUGCUGCUUCAGACGGACCGAUUUAUGAACUUUAAAGACAACCAGUGCAGCUGCCAAUCAGGAGGACUUUUAUUUUGGUGGGGAGAGGAAGAUGUUCUCCUCUUCACCUCUCAGAACUCCUCAUUUUGUGAUUUUUUUGAGAAGGAACUGAUUCAUGUACGUCCAUUCUAACACCGACUGACCGACUCAACGCUGUGAAGGAAGCAGAACUUCUGAUGCCAAAGCAGCGACCCAGGGCAUUAAGGAGGACUUUAGGAGGCUUUAGGAGGACCCGGUCCAGGGAGAGGGUUAUAGACUCUGUUUCAUUUAUCACUAGUGUUGUUAUGUUGCAUGAUGCUCUCGUUAUGUUGUUGUUAAGCACAGGUAGCCUUUUGUUUGAGCUCCUUCUAUCCAUCCACUGCUCCCAGAUGUGUGAGGAAAAGAACAGGAAGAGGGAGAGAUCCGGCCGUUCACGAAUCACCAGCAUUACUGAGAUAUUUACAUCAAUAAUAAGCCGUUUGUUUUAGCUCUGCUCCACUCCAAACAGCCCAUAAUAGUCUGAUUAUAUGUCAGCAUUGCUUUGAGGAGGUUAAACAAUGCCUGGGGUAAAAAGCAAUAGUUGGGUUACAUCAGAUCUGCAGGUAUUUUUACUGUCAGGUAUAGGUUUCAAAAUAAAAGCUUGAUUUAUUUUUUAUACAGUCCAAGUUGAUUUGUUCCCAUUAAAUAACACAUUAAAUGAAUUGUUAUUAUAUAAAGACGAAGAGAAAAAGGAAGUCUAUAAAGUAUGUGAAACUGAAAGAAGCAGUUAAAUAAUCCACAAAAACACCAAAUCUAAGAGUUAAGACAUGGCUGUAGGUUUAACACGCGUGUUUUAAUCUGUUCUAGGUUCUGUCUGUUCAGAUUUUUAAUCAGUCACACAAAAAUAGAUUCGUGUUACAGAAAAAGAAGGAAAAUGUAAAUUGAAACACCCUCUGACAGCUGGUUUCUAUAGAAAUAAAUGAGGGAUAAAAUAAACAGACAGAAGCACUUUGAUUCCUUUAAAGUUCAUCUGAAAUGGAAAACAUGCUGAGAUACGUCUCACAGAGAUGUUAGGAAGGAUGUCCAUGUGGGUUUAGACGGAAAAGUGCUGCUUUUAAUGGAACAAAGUCAGCAGGAGCAGUUUACUGCAGCAGAUCACAUCUAUCUGGAUGUUCUAGAUGUUAUCUUCUGGAUGUCAUCUUCUGACCACCACAGUGAGGAGCUCCAGUAGACUUUCACUUAAUUACUAUGAAUGUUAAUGAUGGUUUCUGCUGGAAAUAUUUGACAUGUUUGGAAGGAAACAGUGAGGUUUAGGAGGAAAUACAGAAACAGUAGCCAUGGACACAGUCAUGUUCCACUAUCGAGUUUUCAUCACCUGUUAGUUAGAUCUGCAGUUUCUGGAGCUGCAUCAGAGCUUCAGAUUUCAGGGGUUUGGAGAGACGAACAUGUACACGAUUAUCUGACAAGAGUGACUCUCGCUAACUGUCCAUGUGUGGUCGAGAUGUGAGCACACAGCGAUGAAAAUACCUCUAGAACAUUUUACUGUCCUACAGACCUGGUGGCACCAGAUGGAAAACAUUUCUUUAUUUCUUUGGGUUUGGAUCCAGAGCUGAGCAGUUUGACUGAAACACAGGAUGCAUCCCAGUCAGACUAUUUGAUUGAUUGAUUGAUUGAUUGAUUGAUUGAUUGAUUGAUUGAUUGAUUGAUUGAUUGAUUGAUUGUGUAGCUUCAGAAACUCGUGGUGCAUCCUAUUCAGACUUUAUUUUCCCGGUCUGAUGUCUGUCUGUUCCUAAAGCUAGCUCCACAUUUAUGCAUGGAUCCAGUUGAAGCUUCUUUUUUUGUUUUGUUUUUUGCAUAUUAUUGUAUAUCGCACUUAAAUCCAUAUGUUAUACGUGGUGUUUAUAUGCAAAGAAAACAACAUAUUCUUUGGGUAGUUCACAGACGUGGUUUAGCUCAGUCCUGAUCGUUCAUUAGAACCCAUAAAUCAAUACUUCAAUAUAUUGAAACUCCCUUUAAUUCAAUACUACAACCAGUUAAGAUAGAUCAGAUGCCAGGAGGAUGAGCCAUGUCUGGAGACGUCUCCCAUCUUUGUGUCUUUCUUCCAGUUAUAUUAAGCUGUGUUACUGUAUGAUUACUGUAUGGACGACGAGUUUACCGAGUUAGUCUUCAGCUUUCUUCACUGUUUCUUUAUUUCUUUACCGUUAAAUCAACUGAAAAUUUAUCUGCUUUUCUUUUUUCAUCUCUUUUUGAAUUUUGGUUGCACUCAAAGAAAGUAAAACCCUUUUAUUUUGAAAUGACUACAAAAGAAACAAAUGUAUUUUUUGCACAAUUUACAGAGAAAUGUUCCUCUGUCUAAUGAUUAGGUAGAAUUAUCUAAAUAUUCAGAGUUUUUGUAAAAUUUUUAAAAAAUUCAAAACCUGAAUUCAUUAUUUAAAACUAGAUGUGAAUUUCUGAAUUAUAAUAUUACCACUAAAUAAUAAUGCCAGCUGGAAUAUCCCUUUUAUUUUGAAAUUAUUGAUCAUAACUACAAAAGGCCAAAUAUAUUUUACACAAUUUAUAGAGAAAACUUUAAAAAGUUAGCUGUUUAAUAAUUUUUAUGAAAUGAUCUAAAUAUCUAGAGUUUUUGUAAAAAAAAAAAAUGUAAAUACGAUUUUAAACACAUUAAUUUAGAGUUCAAAAUUUGAUGUUAGUUUUUUAAUAACAACACUACCUUCAGAUAUGAAUCCCAGCAGGCAUGUUGUGAAUGUCACUAAUAGUUCCCUUUAAUGCUUCUCUGCAGAUUAAAUGAUUUCUUUCAUUCUUUUCUACUUUUUCAGGGUACAGAUGAUCAGAUAAUCAACCCACUUGAUUCAGAAUAUUCAGUUUUUAGCCUGCCUCUGCUGGUUUUAGGUCUGUUUUCUUUCUGUAUUGUGGGAUCUGAUUGGCUCGUACUCUUUCUGUCUCACUCUGGUGGUUUUUCUGUUUUCUGUGGACAGACGUCCAUCCAGUCCUUUAAUGUUCCUCCAGUCUGUGACAGCAGGUGGAGCCUGUUGGUUUUUAACUCAGUGACACUCAGGCCUCCAUUCUCAGAUGUACAUAGUCUUUGUUUUUUUUUUUUUUUUUUUUUUUUUGCUUUAUGUGUUCAACAGAUAUCACCAUAAGCUGUUUUUGUUUUUGUUUUCUUCCUGUCCUGGUAUGUUUCUGUGAAAUAAAUACUAUUUUAUCACAAACUUUA